AUGCAAACGUGGGCGAUUUUUCUUCUUCUUGGCGUGAGCACUGCGUUUGCCGCGUUCUCCUGCAAGGAUCAAAAUGGUAAAGAUGUCGAUUGGUAGGUUCAUUUGAAAAUGUGAAACUUACGACAUUUCAUUCGAGGUUCGCAGUGUACAAAAUGCCCAUCGAAAGCGCCGAUAACUCCGUUCCUGGGAUAAAAGACGGCGUUGCGUGGUAUUAUGUCGACAUAAACAAUCAAGGAAGUCUGCAGCCUUCUUUGAAGACUUUGAAUGACAAGGAUCAGGUGAACCUUUUUCUUUUUUGUGUUUUACCUUCAUGUGACUUUGAAGGCCUUUGGAGAGAAUAGCUUACUGAAAAAUUAGAAAAAGGCUUAUUUUGAAUUUUUUUAAACUGCUUAUACUUCAUUUGAAAUCCCUGAAUAUCAUUGAAAAAAACGAUCGUUUAUUUUUUUAGUCACCUGGAAAAGUUUUUCGAGAGUCCAAGUGACAUUCGUAAGUUUUAUUACAUCGCAUUAUGUCAAUCAGAUAAUACAGACGUUUAAAAAAAUUUGAUUCAAGCAAAAAAACUUUUUCUCUUCUAUUUAUUUUUGUGAGAAAUAUAAAGCUUGUUUAACUCGAGUCUGGAAAGCAAGGAUAUCACAACACUGAUUCGAUUGAAUAUUAUUCCGGAGAAUUCAGAAAAGAAAAAGAAAAUGAAACUAUUUCCAGGCAAUCGCCUACACUCUUCAACAGUACUACGACAAGCAAUCGGAUCCGACUAUUUUCCAUACGAUGUACAAUGACGAGCCUUGGGGAUCAAGUUCAACGAUAUCUUUGGAGGAAAUUCUGUCAAACAGAGUUUUUUCUAAUAGAACGUAUAACCUAGCCAGUGCUUCAGAUUAUGGACACACGAAAGGUGAAAUUUCUAUCGCUCAGUGUUGAUUAAUCGAAACUUAGGAGAAUUUCCGCUCAGUUUUGAGCUUUGAUUUUUUGAAAGAGGGCUGAAAGCUUUUCUGAUUUAUUGUAGAUGUUUAGCCGGAGUUUUCGAAAUUUUCUUACUUUAAAAACGAAGCUUCAAACGGUCUUGCCAAAUCGCAUAAAUAUAAAAAAAUUUCAAAAGACUCGUUCCAUACCUAAAAAAGCGCAGUAUUGAAGAGUAAUAUAACAAUGUCAAACUUUGAACGCUCAUUUUCAUUAUAGGAACCAUUUUCUUCGACGCAACGUCUGGUGUUUGGCUUGUGCACAGCGUGCCAAAAUUCCCGAACCCAACAACUUACGAGUACCCAGUUUCUGGACACGAUUAUGGACAGACGAUGCUUUGCAUGACUUUCAAAUAUGCGCAACUAAAAAGCAUAGGUAAAUUCUGUGAUAAAUUGAGCCUUUGCUGCAUUUUGUAGAGCUGAGUAAUUCAAAUUAGGUGUUUCAAAUCAGCGAAAAAAAGAGAGUUUUUGGUUUUUUGAAGCUUGAGGCUGGCUGGCCGAAAGGUUAAAAUGCGGAGAAAUAAAAUUUGGGAUGAGAAAACUUUUUGCGAAACCUUUGCUGGCCUCUAAAAAUAGAUUCUUCUUUUUGAAAAAAAAUUUUAAAGGGUCCAAUUCAAAAUUAGUUAGUUUAAUAGCUUUUCCAUUGAUAAUGCUAUCUUCUCCUUUCCAGGAACUCAACUAUUCUUCAACCGUCCGAACAUUUAUUCCUCCAAGCUGCCUUCUUCGAUGGCUGCUGAUAACCCGGACCUUGCUAAGGUAUUCCAGUGAAAACUUGUCAGCUGAUCGCUCAACUGAUUAUUGAUUAUCAGGCAAUCGCUGGCCAAUAUCAAAAGGGACAGCCUUUCAGCAACGUUGUCGACCUCACUACCGCCGGAGGCUACACUUUUAAGUCCUUUGCAAAGACCAAGGAGUUCAACGCCGGUGAGACGCUAUUCUUGAAAAGAUUCUCAAGGCAUGGGAAAAUUCCUUUUUCUUCAAAUUUAAUCUCAAAAAAAGCGUCUAGAAAGCUCACCAAGACAUUCGGAGAUUGAUAAUUAAAGACAGGAAACACGAAAAAUAUUUAUUUUCAAAGUCAAUUUUCCAAUUUUACAGACCUUUACGACACUUUGGUCGCGCCAACCUUGAAAACCGACCUCAUCGUAGAAUCCUGGAGACGAGGAAGCGAGGUUUUCCCUUUUUUUUAAGCCUUUUUCAGAAAAUUUAUUAAGAUCCCGCUUGCCUGCAAGCUCACCUACCAUGCCAAUGAUGCUCUUUCAAUCAAGGCUGGUCAAAAUUUGAAGUCAUUUUUAAAAAAUCUUAUUUAAGGUCGGAAGCACUGGCGUUUUUUCUUAUACCAAAGAUCACUCAAAAAUGGCACACUCGACUGAUAUGACCAAGCCCUGGGUCUGCAUCGGCGAUAUCAAUAGAAUGGUUCUUUUUUGCCUCAAAUUGCUUUAUUUUCAACUCGCUCAUAGUUCGAGUCAACUUUUUUCAGUUAUGCGAAAAAUAGGAAAUCGACUUGAUUGUGAGUAAAACAAAGGGAAUCCCACAAAAAACAACUCUAACAAAGAAAAUUUUUCCUUUAAAGGCAUAGGGGCAGUAAAAAAUGGGGUUUCAGGUGAAAGCAGUAUCUUAUACAGUUUUUCUUUGCGAAUCGGAUGGUGUACUCAAAAAAAUUACAGAUGUGACAAAUUUAGUAGAAAAAUGCGAUUUUACUUUCCCGCCUUUAAUUUUGAAAAAAGCUUUGGAUCGGUCUACGGACAAAUGUUUACAGUAGCCGUGCACGCGAUGUUGCGGACGUCUCAUUAGACUCGCUUUUUGUGAGAAAUAACUGGAUAUCUGCUUCAAAUCAAGGAUUUUUUCUCUGAAAAAAAUCGAUUAAGAAAAACAGAAAACACACAUUGAUAAUAAAGAAAAACACAAAUAAUCGCUACCCCAAUCGAAACCUAUGUAAAAAUCAUCAUUUUUUUCACCAGAAAAAGCAUUUUUUUGCGAUCAAAGUUUGCAAAUUAUACAUGAAUAGAAAGCUUUUUGUGACGAAAAAGAACUUUGGUGACAACAGAAAAAAAUUGAAAAAUUGAAAGAAACGAAGAAAAAAAGCGAAAAAUCCGGAAGAUGGCGAUGCUUGUUGUCCAUAGGGCGACUUUACUGCAAAGCGCCCUUUUUCGCGGGAACUCAAGCUUUCAUUUCUCCAACUUUGAAUUAUUUUUUUCUCCAAAAACUAGGAACUUCUGUACGUUUUUCAAGUUAACCUUCGAUUCGCAAUGAAAAGCUCUACAAAGUACUGUUUUGAACUGAAACACCGUUUUUUACUGCCCCUAUGCCUUUAAACUUUGAACUUCGCUUCAAACAGCAAGAAAAAAACUGUUUCAGUACAAAUUGUAAAGUUUUGUGAAUUGAAAAUUGAGGAAAAUCGAGAUCAAAGUCUUAUUUUUUUCUAGAUAUAUUAGAAAUAAUACAAUAUAAAAAUACUUCCAGACCUCGCAGUACGUCCGCGGUGGAGGAACUGAAUGCAUCUCGAGCAGUUUCCUCUGGAAGGCCUACAGCGUCAUCGCCACUCAGAACAUCUGUUCCUAA